CUGAUAAGUGGACUUCAGAAUAUGCAAUUUCCGCAAAUACUUUGUAAAGAAAAAAAAACGCUGUUUAGAAGGGAUAUACUUCCACCCCCCAUGAUAAUUGACGGGUGGGGUGGUUCUGGAUUUUUAACUGCGGACGAGGCAUGCUGCAGCACAGGGUUUUUUUCUUUUCUUUUGGCACAACUGUGGUCUUACUCACAGGAGGCGGCGUGAGGGAAAGGAGGAGGGGCGUCAUGAGGGUGAGAGAGAGUGUGUGGGUAGGAGAGCUGCUGUGGAACAUCACCAGUGUGUUGGUGAGCGCUGCUUUCAAACACCAAAGUUUCCUCGCAGCGUGGCUCACGUGUGCGCCACCGGAGUUCUCAAGCCAUGAGGAUGACCACGGCAAGAAUGUUUUGCUGAGAAUGUUUUGCCGGGUCACCCCCUCCCUCCAAAUGAAAGCAAGACCGUCCGCUUUCCCUCCUUCGUCGUCCAGGAGCCAUCUAGAUUCCCGCCUGUGAUCCACACAUGAACGCCAGCACGGUUUCCGACGGGCUCUGCCCCAACAUCACGUGCAACGAUGCGACGGUGAAGGGCGACAGUAAGCCGGCGACGAGCAUCGUCAUGUUCUUGGCCGGCGUGGUGGGCAACCUCCUGGCCCUCUUCAUCCUGGGCGUGCACCGCAAGGAACACCGCUCCAGGUCGUCCGUUUUCUCCAUCCUGGUGACCGGUCUGGCCCUCACCGACCUGCUGGGCACCUGUCUCCUCAGCCCGCCCGUCUUCAUCUGCUACGCCCGCAACGUGUCCCUCAUCGGCCUGGGCGACGAGGGUCUGUGUCAGCUGUUUGGCUUCGCCAUGAGCUUCUUCGGCCUGGCGCCCACCCUCAUCCUUUGCACCAUGGCCGUGGAGCGCUGCCUGGCCAUCAGCCACCCGUACUUUUACUCGGUGUACAUCCGCCGCAGCUUUGCCAAGGUCACACUGGUCGCCAUUUACCUCUUCUCCCUAGCCUUCUGCCUGCUGCCGCUGGCCGGCAUCGGCAGGUUCAGGCAGUACUGCCCUGGCACGUGGUGCUUCAUCGACAUGGACGCCACGAGCGACGCCAACGCCGAGCGGGUGCAGGCUUUCUCGCUGUCGUACUCGUCCCUCAUGGCGCUGCUCAUCCUGGCCGUGUUCGUGUGCAACGGCUCGGUGAUCGUGAGCCUCUGCCAGAUGCACCGCAGCCAGAUGAUGCGGCGAGGCUCGGUGGGCUCCUUCGGCAGAAGGAGGAAGCUCAGUCUGGCCUGGUUCGGACUGGGCGUGGAAGAGAUGGACCACCUGGUGCUGCUGGCCCUCAUCACCGUUAUCUUUGCCGUCUGCUCGCUGCCGCUGACUAUCGCCGGCUUCAUCAACGCCAUCCGCCCGUUUUGCGGCGACCACGAGAACCUGACCGCCUUCCGCUUCUACGCCUUCAACCCCAUCGUGGACCCCUGGGUCUUCAUCAUCUGCCGCAAGUCGGUCUUCCGACACCUGCGCUCGCUGCUGAGCUGCCGCUUCAGCAGAGGAACCGGCGAGAAGACGCCGGCGCACUGCGCCAUGUCCGUGCCCCUGGAAGAUCACGUCCGGUGCAACUCUCUCGACGUGACGCAGCGUAACUUCUCCUCGGGUUUACCGGCGUCGCCCAGCAGGAGUUCGCCGCCGUGCAAGUGAAGGAGGCUGCGUUAGUGGUGAGACAUCUCCAAACCGAGGUACACAGACUUGGACUGGAGACUAGUCAGUAAGAGUUUCUGCUGCAAGUCGACUUAGUUAGCACUAAGCACCGAGUCAUGUGACCAUGAAUGGCUAACAUCCUGUACAUUAGCCUUGCCCACUAUCAGGUAUUGAAACCACUCUUCUAUCUUCCAGUUUGUGCUGGUGUGCCUAAUAAAGUGGAAAGUGGGUGCAUACACGUACAGUAAUAUGCACGAAUGUUUACACUUCCUUCAUUACGAUUCGCGACCAAAGACGAAGCGCGCUCUGCUAUGACUUUUCAGCAUUGCGCAAGUUCCUAUUUAUAUCAGAAGAUGGCGUCUUCUUCACGCGUCUGGUGUCCAGCCAGCGCCACGUUCCGCCUGGGCUCAAUCCACGGUCCGCACGAUGAGAGUCGGCAACGUUAGCCGUCGGGCGAAAAGCCUGAGCUCUCAACUCGAUGUCCAGUGCCAUAGUGAAUUGAGUACAGCGUUCUCUCUUUCUAUCGCAGUUCACCUUUCGCGGACUCGCUGUUUUGCGGAUUUUGUGCAAUUUUAGUUUUUUUUUUUUUUUUUAUGCAGCAUGUGAACGCUGUUACAGGCUGAGCCUGGCCCUUUAAGAAGAGUCGCUUUGUGGGAAGUUGAGCGUCAUAGUGUAUAUUUUUUUUGGACCGUGGGAGGAAACCGGAGUACCCAGAGAAAACCAACGCAUGCACGGGGAGAACAUGCUAAUCACCAGACAAGCACGCAGCCCGGCCGCAUACAAUCACAGGUAUUUUUUUCAGCCUUAUUACUAACUGGCAGGAAAUCCCGUGAGAUCUUCUUUGGACCGUGAACCGCUUGGUACAAUUCCAUGCAGUACAUGAAUUAGGCGUCUUCCCUGUUCUUUCGCACCACAUGCAAUAUGGCGGUAACGUCGACGUAUGAUUCAACGCUCAGUGCGGCGUCUACGUCACACGAGAAGCUCACACACAUGCAACAUGUGCACCUCCCCGACUCACUAAACGCCGUGAGCCCACGUCAGGUUCAUGAUUCACUUGUCGGCCCUCUCAUGCCUGCGUUGGCUCGUGAGUGUAGUGAGUCGAGGUUCGCCAGCAGCUCAGACAGGAACAGGAAGUGGAAAGGAGGAUUUGAGGCCAUUUAUACAAAUGCAGUUGGAGUAACAGUUGCACAAUUAGUGCCAUGUUACCCGGUUUCCUUUUUAAUUUAGCUAGCGGCAGCAAGGUAAGUGAACGAGUUAACAGAGACGAAUACCCGCGAGUCAGUAAAAAACGCUCAAGUUUUCAACGACUCUGUCAAUACUCGACCAUCUCCACGGCCUGACCCUUCAGGCGGUUUUAUCGGCUAACUUUCACACAGCUGCACUAGCUGGCAUGCGUUACACUUGCAAGUGCGGUUCGGUUCACUCAAGCUGAAAGUGUGAACGCCACACGCACCAAACACGCCAACCAGAAAUGCUAAAUAUGUAAGACAAAAUACAUUGGAAAUGCUGUCUCUCUGCUGUGUGUGUGCGUGUGCGUGUGUGUAAAACAUCGGCGCUCUUCAAAAGUAUAUUUUAGAAGCUUUUUGUGGCAAUUUAAGCUGGUAAAUAUAGCUGAAUAUAAAAACAUUUCAACCCAGCAGACAACAUUUUGGUACAGUGGAACCUUGGAUUUUGUGAUUACCAUAAAUUCCGGUGUAUUAGCCGCCACUUUUUUUGUAAACAUAUACAGCGGUGCAGCCAAUUUAUGGCUAAAUCCUAAUCCUGUGACAUCUUUACUUCAGAACUACUACUAAAUGCUUAAAUACUGUGCCGCUUGCGAGUCAGCGAGGAAACAAUAGCUCUUUCUUUGGCAGGAGCCAAUCACGAGCUAUCAGUGCACUCACACCGAGCUUGUCAACCCAAUGGAAGUCAGUGGAGGUCAGUAUAUCUACCGGUAUAACAUAACCGUCUGACUCACCGUGUCAUCUUUCAAAGAACAAUUUACUAGCAGCACUAAAUUCAUUACACAGUAACUUAACUCAAAAGGUGUAUAUCCAAAUAUACAAACAUGUCCCAAUAAGACUUUAAAAUAAAAAAACA